ACUGGCCACGCUCCCGCUCGCCUGCGCGGCUCCAGCGGCUGAAUUGCUCGGGAUGGGGUCCCCGCACUGGAAAAGGCUCUGCCUUUUGCUGCUGGCAGGUUUAACAUCCUCUCUGCUCCUCUACAGUCACUACCACGCUACGGUGGAGGCGCCCACUAGCCAGAGGAUCAUAGCCAGCUUGCUGCAGCCAGAGCCGCUGGUCCUGGCUCCCUCAGGGACACCACACGGAGCCGGCAGCCGCAGGUGGGCUCUUGGAGGCAGCUCAGAGGGUGGGAAUUCCUUCAAGCCCUCUGCCGAGCUGGAGGCGCCGGAGCCCAGCAGAAAGCAGCCCAGCCCCUGCCUCCACUCGGUGAUGGCCAGAGCAAAGGCAGACCCCAAGUUUCGGGAGAUCUUCCGCUUCAACAUCCCCGUGCUGAUGUGGGACCAGCACUUCACCCUGGAGACCUGGAACAGGCUGAAGACACGACACGUCCCCUAUGGCUGGCAAGGCUUGUCCCUCGCAGUGGUGGGCAGCACCCUCCAGCUCCUCAACGCCUCGGCCAACCGGCACCUCUUCGACAGGGCCGCCCUCCCCGGGGGCUGCGUGCGCUGUGCCGUGGUGGGCAACGGUGGCAUCCUCAAUGGCUCACGGCAGGGCAAGGCCAUCGACAGCCACGACCUGGUCUUCAGGCUCAACGGUGCCGUGAUCAAAGGCUUCGAGGAGGAUGUUGGCACCAAGGUCUCCUUCUAUGGCUUCACGGUGAACACCAUGAAGAACUCCCUCAUCUCCUACGAGGAGUACGGCUUCACCCAGAUCCCCCAGGGCAAGGACCUGAAGUACAUCUUCAUCCCCUCGGAUGUCCGUGACUAUGUCAUGCUGAAAUCCGCCAUCCAGGGCAGCCCAGUGCCCGAGGGCUCGGACAAGGGUGACCAGCCACAGAAGUAUUUUGGACCAGAGGCAUCUGCAGAGAAGUUCAAGCUGCUGCAUCCUGAUUUCUUGCAGUACCUGACAGCAAGGUUCCUGCGGUCAGAGAUCCUGAACACUCAGUAUGGCUCCCUCUACAUGCCCAGCACCGGCGCCCUCAUGCUCCUCACUGCACUCCACACCUGUGACCAGGUCAGUGCCUACGGGUUCAUCACAUCCAACUACGAGCAGUUCUCAGACCACUACUAUGAGGUGGAGAAGAAGCCUCUGGUGUUUUAUGCCAACCAUGACAUGAUGCUGGAGGCAGCGCUCUGGAGGAGCCUGCACCGUGCAGGGAUCAUCACCCUCUACCAGCGCUGAGGCCAGAUCCCCACAGGGGCAAGUCCAAGGACUCUUGUGGCUCUUCUCCUUUUUCCUGAGGGUCAUCUUCUCCCUCCUGAGGGCUCUUCCCAGCCCAUGGAGCAGGUUUGCACAUAGCCAGCAGUGAUGUGAGGAUAACAGGGAAGCUGAAGCUGGUGGAGAAAUGGCAUUUCCUCAGGGAUCAGUAUGAUUGAACAUAGCCUUUAGGGCAGGCAGAAGCACCACAGCAUGUGGCUGUGCCCUGCCAGUCCCGUGAACGUGGCUGUGGGGCAGCAUGGCCCCUGUGGAGCACAGGAAGGGCACGGUGAUGCUGGAAGAGGAUGCUGGAGAUGCUGGAAAAUGCCUUUCACCUUAAAUGCUCGUCACCAUGGUGGGACCACAGCAGGCAGGAUAAAUCCUUGCACUGAGACCAGGUGUCAGGAGGUGACAUGUCUGGAGAAUUCCUCCCUCCAGAAAGACUGCAGAAAGUCCCAGCUCUAGCCAGCAGCGUGUGGAUGUGUGCCACGUUCCAGAAUGAUCUGUUUGCCUCCCUGAUCAGCACACAGACAGCAGGACAGACACAAUGGGCCCUGUCACUGUUCCCCUCUUGAAGUCUGCUGUUUUCUGACAAGGAAAGGACUCAAAAGCCAUCAGCUACCAGGAGGGUCACGGCAGCUCAGCCAGGACACCAGGAGCAUGUCCAGGCUCUGAGCAGCCCAGAGGUGACACUGGCCUCAGCCACCUGUGUGGCACUGGAUUUGUUGGCCUUUUCUUGCACAGGGACUCUGGUACCUCUGGCAGCCCGACACCAGGUGGGUCAAAGUGAUGAUCACU